AUGGAGGAUAGCGAUGAUGAUAUUCUCGUAAGUGAGAGGGCUAUGACUCAGGAGGAGGCAGAGUUUAUGCACUCUAUCACACCAGAAGCAUGGAAGGCAACUCUAAAAACUCCUGCAUUCGAGAGGUCAAAACACCACCCGUUGGACUCAUCAGUGUACGUUUUGCCUAAGACUCUGUCUGUGAAACUCGACGCUACGCCACUGCAAGUGGUUGAGUUCAUCUUCAGUACCACAACUAAAGAUGAGUAA